AUGACCGAGGCGACCCGUCGGAGGUGCUGCUGCGGAGGAGGAGAGCUCGCCGGGAAAAGGAGGUUCGCAGGAAAGUGCUGCUGCUGCGAAGAGAGCUCGCGAAUGGUGCAGGGGCUCACCGGAGGGAGGGCAGCGGCUGAACGAGACCUUCGUGAGGUGCUGCGCCUGAGAAUGAUGGCCUGCCGGUUGGUCGCGUGGGUGCUCGCCGGAAAGGAGAUUAUCGCGGCGGAGGACGGCUGCGCGGCGGAGCUUCACGGUGAAGAAGAAGCUGCAGGUGGGGUCGUUGCGGCGCUGCGUGUGGGUCGCCAGAGGAGGAGGUCGCGACGGCUUGCGAGCGGAGGAAUGGGCGUCGAGGGCCUGUUGGAAAUUUGCGACGAGGGCUCGAGGAGGUGCAGCAGACGGUUGCCGGAAGUCGGGGUUGUGCUACUCGCGAAGAUGAGGAGUUCGCCGGGAAAAACUUUACGAGAUGCUGGUUCGCGGCGGCGAUGGAGGAGGAGGGUGGCGGCGAUCUGUUCUGAACGGAAAACUCGCAAAGAGGCGUUGGGGAUGGUCGGAGAUGGUAGCUGGCGUCGAUCGCAAUUAGGUGAGUGGCGAUUGGAUUUAUCUGACGAAAGAGAGAGACGAGAAGAUUUUUCUCUUCUCUGCCGACGAGAGAUCGAAGGAUGA